GCGAUCGGAGAUCUGUUCGUUCCGCGUUCAUUCUGCGGGUAGCUGACGUCACAGGAGCGGGCGGGGUCAGCUCUCUCUCGCCGAAAACCGCCGAGAGAAAGAAGACAGCCAAUCGUCAAGCGGCGAGCUUUCCGGAAGUAGACGCGCAUCGUUUGGGGGACCGUAUACUUGAAAACGAAGUGUUUCUCGUCUUCUAAUAAAUGCGAUUGUUAUACUAAAAGGCAUUGUUUUUCCUUCUCAAGCUCAAACACUCUCUGAAAUUGCAAUAAAUUUGAGUACUGACAUUUAUUAAUGUUAGUUUUCCGGAUGCUGUCGCUAGGUGGUGUCGCGAACCAAAAAACAAAGAGAAAAGUAGCGGGUAGCGCAGUUUUCAAAAUGUCGUCGCGCAGGCGAAACGUGUGUGGUCCGUCCGGUCCGCGGGUGUCCGACCGCCAACGCGAGCUCCUGCUGGCUUUUAUGGAGGAGGACCCCCAGGUCGCGACGCCCUCGUACCCAUUGGACUCCUCCUUCACCCGCGAAGUCCGGGACGACCUCUGGAAGCAGCUGAAAACGCUGCUGAACGAGGCCGGCCCGGCGGUAAGGUCUGUCAGUCAGUGGCAGGCCUUCUGGCGGAAGGAGAAGUUCAACGCGGAACAAGAACUCAUCCGCCUGCGCGAACAGCAGAGGGGCACCGGAGGCGGCCAGGUGACGGGCUACCGUGGUCGCAUCAUCCAGCUGACCGGGACCUCACGGAUCGACGGUGCGAGGGGCCCCGUCUUCGAGCGGUCGGAAGCGUUGGUUCCCCCAGAGCAGAGCCUGCAGGCUCGUGCGCUCUCUGGGGACUUCCGCCGCCCUCAGCCGUUGCCUGCACCGCCAAGGGUCUCGGUCGGGGACACGCCGGGCACCAGCGGCUUGCAGGAGGAUGCGGCCCCAGCGUUACCCCAGCGCCAACCGCGGAGGCGCCAGCCAUCAGCCGUCCGCGCCGUGCUACCGAAUUUAAUGGAGCAGCAGCAGCAGACCAACACGCUCCUGGCACAGCUGCGCGAUGUUGGCGAUCGGCAGGCCGCGGCGCUGGAGCUGCUCGCUGAGAACACCAGGCGGCAGGGCGAGGCACUGCAGCAGCUCGAUGACGCCUGGCCUCGUCAGCGAGCGUCAGGCUCGGAGUCUUGA